CGGAGGGAGGGCGAAAGGGGCAGCCCGUGACACGUCCUUGCAGGCGUGGGAAAGCGAAACUGAACUCGCGAGUUCCUUGGCUGGGAGAACCAUGGAUCCGAGCGCCCUUUUAAAGCGCCUGGGGGAGGAAGCGUCCUCCUGCCCCAUCUGCGGGGGGUGUUUCCAAGACUCCGUGUCCGCACCCUGUGGGCACACCUUCUGCCAAGGCUGCCUGGAGAGAAGCAGCGGGUCCUCCUCCCGCUCCCAGUGUGGGAAAAUCAGCCCGCGGGAGAGCGGGGCCGCGAACCCUCAACUGGCCAGGAUCACCGAGAUCCUCCGAGGUCUCGACCUCGAAGGGCUGGAAGGGGAGCCGGUGUGCGAGAGACACCGGGAACUCCUCAAGCUUUUCUGCCAAGAGGACAAAAUCCCCAUCUGUCUGGUGUGCGAUCUUUCCAAGGAGCACCGGCAUCACACCGUGGUCCCGGCUGAGGAAGCCACUCAGGACUACAAGGAACAAUUUCAGAAGGAACUGAAAAUGUGGAAGCAGAGAAGGAAAAACCUUCAGGCACUGAAAGAAAUGGAAGACAGAAGAAGCUGGAAACUUUUGGAAAAGUUAGGCAGUGAAAGGAUGAAGAUUGUUUCUGAAUUUGAGCAGCUCCAUCAGUUUCUAGAGGAUCAAGAAGAAGUCCUGCUGACUAGGCUGAAACAGUUGGAGAAGGAGGUCAUCACAGAGGAGAGGACCGUCAUGUCCAAGCUUUCAGAAGAGAUUUCCAAACUUAGUGACCUCAUCAGUGAGAUGGAGGAGAAGUAUAAGCAGCCAGUGAAUGAAUUCCUGCAGGACAUUAAAAACACCUUAAGUAGGUGUGAAGAAUGGAAGCCCCAUCAACCGGUGGGGCAUUCCCCUGAGCUAGAGAAGAGACUGAGUAACUUCUGUGAGCAAAGCACACAUCUAGAAGAAAUCCUAAGGAAAUUCGAAGAGGCACUCUCAACUGAGCUAGAAAGCAGGUCCUUGCUUGACAAGGAAUUGCGAGCACGGAAAGGGAGAAGAAGAUUAUUUAUAUUGCCUGAUGCUGAAGUGGGAAAAAGAGGCAGAAAAGUGAAUGUGACUCUGGAUCCAGACACAGCGAACCCUUUCCUGAUCCUCUCAGCAGAUCAGAAGAGCGUGAAAGUGGGGGACAUGUUGCAGGACGUACCGGACAACCCAGAGAGAUUUGACCCUUACCCAUGUUUGCUGGGCUGUGAAGGACUCACAUCAGGGAGACAUUACUGGGAGGUGGAAGUGGGAACUGGGACGUACUGGGCUGUGGGCUUUGCAAAAGAAUCUGUCAAGAGGAAAGGCAGAAUCACCCCUAGCCCUGAGGAACAGAUUUGGGCUUUGCAACAAUAUGGGGAUCACCUUGAAGCCCUGACCUAUCCAGUCACCAUCUUGACCUCAUCCAGAGGCCUCCGGAGGAUUCAGGUAUUUGUGGACUAUGAAGAGGGCCGAGUGGCAUUUUUUGAUGCUGACACAUCAGCAUUGAUUUAUCUUUUUUCGCCUGCUGUUUUUAGUCAGGAGAAGAUCUUUCCGUGGCUCUGGGUAUGGCCAGGGACUGAGCUAAGGCUUUACCAGUGAGUUUGCAUCCUGGUAUAUUUCAAUGGAGUUGAACAACAUGGACAUAAAAAAAUGACUUCUCUAGCCAUCCAUAGAUGUAGUCUCUAUGACACGGGAAUGGCCUUACAUUGCCUGUGUAUUGUGUGCAAGCAUUUGUUUGCUGAAAUGUGCUGCUGGCCAUGUGUUGUAAAAUCCCAAUCUUCUGAAAAGUAAAGCUCAAUCAGAUGUACCUAGUGUGCUAAUAAAUCAUAUGCAAAUCACAUGUAAGUUAAUUUUAAUUAUGCUUU